CAGUUUGAAAUUUCUGGCGGUUGUUGUUGGCGGUUCGCGCUGAGAGCGGGUAAACAAAAAGGGGGCUGCUUUGUGGCAGAGCGGACUCGAGAGAAUCAUAGACAGCUAGAGAGAUUUUUUUCCAUAUAAAUGGGUACACAAAAAAAUCAAAUGCUCCAAAUACAACAAGCCUUUGAAAAGGCCCAGAAAGGACAUCAAAAUCUUGCAAAGUUGGUGGCAGGUCUUAAACAAAUAUACAAUCAGCUGCAGAAUGAAGAUAAAAAUAUGUUUCAUGAAGAAUUUAUCAAUUUGUUGAAGUAUCCCAUGACUAUUUACAAGCGAGAGCCAGCAGUAGAACGAAUAAUUGAGUUUGUUGCAAAAUUUGUUACUUCAUUUGAAGAGCGUGGAGAUGAAGAAAGUGACGAAGAAAACUCUUUCAUGAUGUUCCUAUUUUGUUUUCUGCUCAAGUCUCACAAUGCCUGUAGUCACUCUGUUCGAUUCCGUGCCUGCCAACUUAUCAACAAACUUCUUGGCAGUAUGUCAGAAAAUGCACAGAUUGAUGAUGAGCUAUAUGACCGUAUCUAUGAAGCUAUGUUAGUGAGAUUAAAGGACAAGUUUCCAAAUGUGCGAAUACAGGCUGUAUUUGCGUUGUCCAGACUUCAAGACCCCACUGAUGAAAAUUGUCCAGUAAUUGAUGCAUAUUUGCACUUAAUUGAAUGCGAUACCAAUCCAGAGGUGAGACGAGCAGUAUUGUCCUGUAUAGGGCCGUCAGCACAGACUCUGAGCAAGAUAAUUGGACGUACAAUGGAUGUUAAAGAGAAUGUCAGAAAAUUAGCCUAUGAGGUUUUAGCGGAAAAGAUACACAUAAAAGCGUUUUCCAUUGCACAGAGGGUAAAACUUCUUAUGCAAGGCUUGACUGACCGUACAGAUGCUGUGAAAGAAGUGGUGCAGAAAAAGUUGUUGCCAGCUUGGCUUCGCACCAUGGAGGGCAACAUUUUAGAUUUGCUCCAUCGUCUGGAUGUGGAAAAUUGUGUUACUGUAGCUGAAUCUGCUCUUAAUUCUUUGUUUGCCCAAACCCCCCUCGAGGACUUGGUUGAAAAGUUUCAAAAUCUAAAUCAUGGAAAGGUAAUAUCAGCCGAAAGUCUUACUUGUGAGAAUGCUCUGUACUGGAGAUGUCUCUGCCAUUACAUGAAAUCAAUGGGAGAUGAAGGGGAAGAAGCAUUGGAAAAGCUUUUACCUGAAACAGCGGUUUAUGCUGCAUAUCUCUUGAGCUACCUGAAAAAUCUUCCAAUACUGAAUGAAUCUCAGAGAGCUGACUUUGCGCAAAUUGAAGAUGUAAUGAAGAAAGAAUUCAUAUGCCAGCAACUGAUCAUCCUUGUUGGCUGUCUGGAUGCAUCAGAAGAGGGUGGCAGAAAAUAUCUGCUCUCAGUGUUGCAAGAAAUUUUGAUCUUGCCCAACACACCAAGUUCACUUAUUGCGUUGCUGAUGGAGCAAUUGCUGUCCAUCCAGAAGGAGGAUGACCGAAGAAUUCGACUGGUUGCAGAGAUAAUAUCAGAUGUUCGGGAGCCAAUUGUUCAUACUGAAGCUCUGGAGAAUGCUGAUGAACAAAGGAAAAGACAAGUUGAGCUUGCCAAUAUCAAAGUUCAACUUGUAGAAGCAAAACAAGCACUGGAGGACAGUAUAACUCGGCAGGACUUCAUUCAUGCGUCAGUGCUAAAGCAGAAAAUUGAAGAAUUAGAAAAUUGCAAAAUUGAGAUGAUAAAAGCAAUUGAACAACCUGAGUGCAAAGAAGUUUACAUUGAAAAGGAUGAUCCUGAAACUAUGUUAAAAUGUCUGAUCAUGUGCUUUGAGCUCCUCAAACAGAUGGCUGUUACAAAAGGGAUAGGUCCAACUAUGAAUGGAAUGACAGAGGCUUUGAUACUGCCAAGCAUUGCAAGUGUCAAUCCUGCGGUGAGAAACAUGGCAGUCUUAUGUCUGGGCUCAUCCGCCUUGCAUAACAAAGAUUUUGCGAUUCAGCACCUGCCGCUGCUGUUACAGAUUGCUCAACUCGAUAUGAUCAAUGUGAAAAUUAGUGCACUGCGGGCAGUAUUUGACAUUUUGCAAGUAUUUGGGAUUGAGGCUUUCAAAUCUAGUCCUCAUAAAUCCCGUGAAAUGCAAAUUGAAGAAUUUCGGAGUGGAAAUGAAGAAUCAAUACAUGAAGAAUCAGCUGAGCCUGUGGUGGAAACUGAUACAGUCAAUAGUAUCCUUACAUUGCUUUUGGGAUACUUGGACAAUGAGGUGAUAGACCUUAGGACUGUUGCCGCAGAAGGCCUUGCUAAACUGCUUUGUUCUGGAAGACUUUCUAGUCCUAAAAUUCUUUCUCGACUUAUUUUGUUAUGGUACAAUCCUGUAACUGAAGAGGAUACUUUUCUUCGUCAUUGCCUGGGGGUUUUCUUUCCACUCUAUGCAUUUAUGAACAGGAAAAAUCAAGAAUGUUUUCAAGAAGCUUUCCUGCCUACUUUGAAGACCCUAUUCUGUGCACCAGCUUCUUCUCCUUUAGCUGAAGUUAAUCAGCAUAAUGUAGCAGAACUCUUUGUGGAUUUGACACGAGCCAACACAGUAAAUGUUCAAAACAAGCCGAUACAGGAUUAUCAGGUGUUUACAGUGCAUGACAAUCUGGCUGUGAAGAUCUGCAAUGAAAUAUUGAAGGAUCCAGAUUCCCCCAACAUUCGUAUUUUGGUCAAAACUCUGGGAUUGCUUGAACUAUCUACUGGAGUGUCACCUUGCACAGAGCAGUUGUGUGUUCUCCUAGAUAACAUUAAGGAAUUGAAAAACAGAGUAAAUCAGCGAGUCAUUGAAAAAAUUAUACUACAUUUACACAGAGGAUCAGGAGAAAAUGAGAAGAAUAGGUACAGCACUACAACAGAGAUAACAAAUGAAAACGAUAAAGAUGAAGAUUUAUCCCAAAUCCCUGGGAGUGUCAAAAGUUCUAAACAACCAAAUAAUAAAACAGUAAAUGGUAAUGGAGGAAAAGAAAUAAACAAAACCAACAAAAAGGAUCAAGGGAAAUGUUUGUCAAUGACGAAGUCUGUAACCAGAAGCAGAAGGACUAGGAGGGCAGUGCAAACUUCUGAUGAAAGUGACAGCCAAGACUUCACAGCCACAGCACCUUCCGUGUCAGCAAGACCUUCAAGACGAGCAAAGACAGCAGCACUGGAGAAAACAAAGAUGAAUCUCUCUCGAUUAUUGAACAAAGGAGAAGAUUAGUCCAAAAAUUAUAUUUCACAUGCCAGCACUAUUACAUUGUUUCCAAGAAACAAUAUUUUGUAUUUUAAUUUAAUGUCCCACAAGUCAUAUACAGUACCAGUCCUGAGAGAUUAUCAUUAUUAGGACAGUGUUAAAGUGAGGUGCUCCAGGGUUUAGAAAUCUUUCUUUUUAGCUUUGUAUCUUACUACGUCAGUAAUGUUUGGUGGCUUAACUAUUUUUCUUCUAUUCUGAUGCAAAUGUGUAUCCUGAAGCUGUGACCUUUUGGAGGCAUAUUAAAAUAAUGAGCAUUGUCUAUCCAGUUGCAAUGUUGUACUUGUGAAGUAUGUGCUUUAACUGAUCUAGCAAUGAAGAGCUAAGAAUGAUUUUGGAUGUGGUUAAUGUUUAGUUUGUGGAUAUUGGUGCUGCCUGAUGUGUAAUUUUUUUUAAAUGUUUCCAAAGGACACUUGUUUAAACAAUAAACAUCUAUUAUUAAUCUGA